AUUAAUUCCGCUGUCGUCCUCCCGAGCACGUCUGACGGAAUUAUAAAAUACCGGCUGAGCCGGAUUUCCUUUGCACCGUUCCAAACUUGCGGAAGUUGCGGGAGCAAUGCCGCACUAGAGGGCAACCAGUGCCCGGCACCACAGCUCCCAGCCUCUCGAGAUAAUGGGUUCUCUUUGCUGACAAUUUUGUCCAUAAAGCGGCUGACAUGCUGAUCCAAGUAGACCCGGAUAACGUCAUUUGCGAAGCGCAAAUCGUUCUACUUACCAACCGACUGCGAUGACGUAGGGCGGGCACGUCCGCUCCUUACAAGUUCUCGCUGGCUCCACUCGUUGUUUGCAUCAUCCCAACUCAUCCCAGCCAUAUCUUCGCCGGCCCGGGGGGGAUAAGGUUGCGAGCUGCGAGGUAUAAAGGCUCCGAAUGGGCUAUCUCCAACGUGGAUCCCUCCGCUCUGCCCGAUGAUUGCCUCCGCCCCAUCCCGUACCAGAAUCCGGGGCAGGCACCAGACGUUUCUCAGCACACUCCCAUCCCCACCGCUGAUCGGUGCGAGAGCACGCACACCCAUCUACACGCGAAUACUGCACACACACACGGCUUUGGAGCCCCAGCUGGAUCGCGCGAUCAUGAGAUACCACUCGCCGCUCUUCUCCGGACGCGACUCAGUCGCCUCAGACCAGAGCGUCGCCACGAUCGUGCCCAGCGCGCCGCCCACGCCUGCUGGCCCCCCAAAGGAGGAAGAGGAGGAGGAGGAUAGCCGCUGGUCGGAGGUCGUGCCGCCGCAUUCCGCGCUGACGUUCGGUGUCGAGUGGGACGGCGGGGAUGCGGGGAUGACUAUCUCGCCAGUCGAGAUGGACGAGGCGACCUUUCGACGCGCACGAGGCAGCGCCCGCACGGCUCCUUCGGACAUCGACGGCCGCUCACAAGUGCUCACGAUCGGGACCAGCGGCUCUCUCUUUGGACUCGGCAGAAGCGGAGACGCGGGGGAGGGGCGCGCGUCAGAGUACACCACGACCUUGCAGUUUCUGAGCGAGAACCACGGGUUCAAGUUCGCCGACUCUGCGUACUUCCCUGGGGCCCCGAACGCCGGGCGCACGUCGAGCACGCUGGACGGGCUGGACGUGUAUCUGCGCGGGUCCAUGAUGGGCAGGGCGCACAACGGGAAUCGCUACGCCUCGUGUUUCGAGGAGCUCGACGGCACAUUUACGUUCGAUCCGCGCACGUCGUUCGCACGCGACUGGUUGCAUGACGAGAAGCGAGACAAUGUGAGCGAUGAGGGAUUCUCCGAGGGCGGGUUGUAUGAAGGUGACGACAGCCAUCUGCCAUCCCGGUUCUCGACCACUACGACAUCGACCUCCAACUACGUGAAUGUCGACUUCCCGGCCGAUAUGAUGAACGACGCGUCCUCCGCUUCCUGGUCGAAGCUCGAUGCCCCGAAUACGCCGGGUUACCAACGUACGUCCAGUGACCGUUCCGUAUGCCUCAUCCACUCGAACGCGGCUGCAGAGAUGUUCCCCAGACAACCCACAGCCAGCAGCAGCGACCGCAGCGCUAACACCGCCCCCAGCAGGAAUCGCCUGCACAAGCACCGCGCAACCGCCCCUGCUGCGGGGCCCGCACCGCCAGUCGACGUGCUCAGCCGCUCCGGAUACAACCACGACGUGCCGUCCCCCACACCCCUCGCGCUGCCCCUCCCGCCCCCAGUCCCGUGCCGGUCGCACUCGUCCCCAGGCCCCGCGCGCGCCCGGUCGCCCACCGCCACCGCCUCGCCCAUCGUUGCCGUGUCGCCCCGCGCGAGGAAUCUGUCGAUGAAAACGCUGCCGGCGAAGCUGCGCAGCAUUGGAAGCAGCCACAAGGGGAAGAGUAAGCCCGAGCCCGCCGGGUGGGUGUGGGUCGAUGUCAGGGAAGAUCGGCUUCCCCCGGUUCCGACGCUCGAUCGGCUGUUGAUGCCAGCCUACGAGAUGUGAUUGUGAUGCGAUAGUGAACAACUGAACAUGAACAUGAAGUGAUGUGUUAAUGAACUGCUGGAGUGAUUUCUCUGUUUUUUACCGUGCUUUGCUGUAUAUUGGUUUUCCAUGGGGCUACACACGCUGGUUGGACGGAAGCCUCGAUGGCCUGAAUUUGUUCUCUUGAAUAUACGCUGUAUUUGUGCCUGUGAAUUUCAUUUGAAUAGAAAAAAAAACGACCGUCAUGCAUAA